UGACAGCUGACACAAAACGUUUCCAAUUGCAAUUUGCCUUGUGAAGUUGUAAAUAAAUUCACUCUCGAUGAAAACUUUGUUUUUAACUGAAUAAUGUCAAAUCGUUAAAAAUAAAUACAAUAACAAUGUUUCCUAUAAAUCACAAGACGAUAUUUGUGCUAGACCAUACACCGUAUUUCGGUAUAUCAUCAGAUAAUCCGAUAGACUUUGAUGUGCCGAAGAACCGGGGUUAUUUGCCUGUACCACCAAUCUGUAAGUCAUUAUGGACAUGCAGUGUGGAAGCGGCAGUAGAGUACUGCAGGAUAGUAUGGGAUUUAUUUCCUGAAGGCAAACUGGUGCGGUUUGUUGUGAGUGACAACACAGCUCAUAUGCUCAAUACAUGGGCUGCUACACAGCAAAAUUUAACACAUCUUCUGAAUGGAUUGUGUCUGGUGGGGCCUGUCAGGCGUGGAGCUGGUGGUGAUGUGGAAGGUCUUGUGGCUGCCAUAGAGGCACUAGCAGAACCAUCACCGGAACAGGCCAGUAGACCUACUGAGAGACAUUUUCAAAACCGUGGACGCGUAAUUUGUAUAACAAGUGCUAGAGACAAUGAUUCUAUUAAGAACCUAAAGGACAUUGCACACAACACUAUUGUGCAAAUCAACAAGAAAGCUUCAAUGGCCCCGCCACCUACUACUACUGAUUCGGCAAGCACAACACCACCACAGCCCAUAAUAAUACAUUAUUGCCAUAUAGUGAUAAUAAAUGUCACACCAGAGAAUGCAGAAACCAGAGUCACCAAUCAACCAUUAGCAGAGAUAGCUGGUGGACAGAUCGGUGUAGAAGUCAUAGUCUCACGAGCGAGUGCAUUAGCCAAUCUGCUUGGUCGAUUGGUGUUGCCACAUUAUAAAUUAGCUACCACCACUGUCACUGGUAUUCCUAUGAAGGAAGAACAAAAUGCAAGUUCUAGUGCGAAUUACGAUGUGGAGAUAAUUCACGCGGCAGACGCUCACGCGGGGCUGCGAGCGUCGCAAACUGCUGCUGAAGCUUUGGAAUCGGUAGUGCUCCGCUGGUGGACGCCGCGCGGUGCCGAGGGGGGCGCGUCAGGUUGUUGUGGCGCACUGUGGCGCGUCACCCCCGCCGACGUGGCGUCACGCCCGUCCGCCUGCCUCGUCAACUUCCUACUCAAUGGCAGAUCUGUCACUCUUGAAGUUCCGAGGAAAGGCGGCGGUAGAUCAGCGUCGCACGUACUAGCAGCGCAGGGUGGAGAGUUGUGGAUAGGAGCACUGGGGGGACGGACGCCGUACGACGACCCGCCUGCUUUGUCUGAGGGGGCUGGGGGACGGGUCACUGAUUACAGAAUCAAAGAAUUCGGUGCUCUAAUGCAACAAAAUAGACUGUACCCACUACGCGGUGCCGGCGCAAACGCGCGAGCGAGGGCGCGGCUACAGCGACAUACAACGUACUGGCCGCUCACUAUAUCUUCCACACUCAUAUUUAAUUUAGGAUCGGUAUUAGAACCGUUAACCCGACUAGUAGUACAAGAAACAUUGACUGAUGAAGAAGUGGACACGUGUCGGAAUGUACUCCUGUCUUUAUUGGCCAUGGAGUCGCGGCAUGAGUUCCCGACCAAUCAGCUUCCAUCUAACAUGAGAGGAAAAUCAGUGGGUCGUCGCGAGGAGCAAUGGCGGCAAGUUUGGGGAGAACUGGAGGCGUUGGUCAGGGCGCACGCUGCCGCGCCGCAACACCGCGCGUUACUGCGGGUACUACUCGACUGCCGCGCUCACAACAACCAUCAGACUGACAGCGAUUCUCGUGCCACAGUGAUUCGCGCGACUACAGACUCGCCGCUCUCCCCGGGGGCGACAGGCAACGGCAGUUCCGGGAACAGCACCAGCGGCAACGGCAGCGACGUGUGGGCGCCCCGCAAUGUACUCGACGCCUUGCUGGGCGCGCCCCGCCCCGCACGACGGCCUGACUUCGCCGGUCGCAUGGCCGCCGGCACUAGAAUCGCGACCUUGUACCCGCAGUUACAACAAGACGUCGAGACACCUCAUUAAUCUUUACAGUACAAGCGAAUCGAUACCCGGAGGCCCAUGUUUAAAUUCAAUGAGAUUAUUUUAAAAUCUCAUUAGAGUAUUCCGAGUCUAUCGCUGAGUAAAUGGAAGUCGAUAGAGCUCAGGAUGUGGUCGCCUGAUUAACGUUAUGUGGUUCAGCUACACUGGCCUCCGCUUGCGGUCGCAGCGCCAUUUGUGACUCGUGUAUUAUUAUGGUGUUGCAAGAACUACUCAGCUGUGUUGAAAGUGACAAUGUAAUAGGAUGUCAAGAUAUUUUUUCCUUUAAUUUUAUUUCAAGUAUCCAUUAUAGAAUGUAUAAUAAUAGUAGAUAAUAAGGCAUAAAGUAAGAACAUGUGAAUAAAUAUAAUAUUUUGGAAUGAGGAA